UAAACAAAGUAAACAAAUUGAAGACACUGUUGUAUGAUUCUCUUUAAUAUAUGCCAUCAUUUCAAGUGGAGCUUAUUCUGAGCAUGACUUCAUAAACAAAUCAUUUCUGAAAGAGAAAAACCACAUCCAGGGUAAAGUCAUAAGCUGAAAAAGCCUCAUUUCAGAGAGUACUUCCUGAAAGAGGCAAAGCAACAAUUACAGCCGAAAGAGUAAUAACUCCUAUACCCAGUAUCAUACUUGAAACAACUUUUAAAGCAACGGAAAAGCCUAAAACAAAAGAAAUACAGCAUUUCUUAAAUAUACCAUUUCUAGAAAGAGCAAUUUUAACACAAGAAACUCAAAGAUAUUUCUUUUACAGAACUGGGUAUACUGAAAACACUGCUCUCUAAUACAGCCUUUUGAUGGACAGGAGUUUCUAAGUGUCAUGCCCAGCAACAAGCUAUAAGAUGACCACCUCUCACAAUCAAGCUCAACCUGGCUCUUCUAACAGCUCAUAUCCAGAUGAAUACAAAAUUGCAGCCCUUGUCUUCUACAGCUGUAUCUUCAUAAUUGGAUUAUUUGUUAACAUCACUGCCUUGUGGGUUUUCAGUUGUACUACCAAGAAGAGAACCACUGUAACGAUCUAUAUGAUGAAUGUGGCAUUAUUGGACUUGAUAUUUAUAAUGAGCUUACCCUUUCGAAUGUUUUAUUAUGUGAAAGGCGAAUGGCCUUUUGGAGAGUACUUCUGCCAGAUUCUUGGGGCUCUCACAGUGUUUUAUCCAAGUCUUGCACUAUGGCUUCUUGCUUUUAUUAGUGCUGACAGAUACAUGGCCAUUGUGCAGCCGAAAUAUGCCAAAGAACUUAAAAAAACGUGCAAAGCUGUGCUGGCAUGUGUGGGAGUAUGGAUAAUGACCCUGACAACCACCAUCCCACUCCUACUGCUCUAUGAAGACCCAGAUAAAGCCUCCACCCCUGCCACCUGCCUGAAGAUUUCAGAUAUCAUCCAUUUAAAAGCUAUUAACAUGUUGAACUUCACUCGACUGAUAUUUUUUUUCUUGACUCCUCUGUUCAUUAUGAUUGGGUGCUACUUGGUCAUUAUUCACAGUCUCCUUCAUGGUAGGACAUCUAAGCUGAAACCAAAAGUCAAAGAGAAAUCUAUAAGGAUCAUCAUCACUCUCAUGGUGCAGGUACUGGUCUGCUUUAUGCCUUUCCACAUCUGUUUUGCUUUCCUGAUGUUGAAUGGGGAUGAGAAUAGUUACAGCCCCUGGGGAGCCUUUACCACCUUCCUCAUGAACCUCAGCACCUGUCUGGAUGUGAUUCUCUACUACAUUGUUUCAAAACAAUUUCAGGCUCGGGUCAUUAGUGUCAUGUUAUACCGCAAUUACCUUCGGAGUGUGCGCAGGAAAAGCUUCCGAUCUGGUAGUUUACGGUCACUAAGCAACAUAAAUAGUGAAAUGUUAUAAAUGAUAUAAAGUUUGUCUUCGAUUUCUUUAAAUCUACUUUACUAACUACUCUAGGAUCAGUGGAUAUUCUAUAUGAUAUUAUCAAGUUCCUUCUCCCCUAAAAAAAUAAACUUUGAAAACUCUUUUGUGGGAUCUUAUUAUAGAGACAUAAUAUUCUGAAAUAUUCUAAUUAUUUAUUUUUAAAACCUGUAUUGGACACUUUUACGAGGUAUUGGGAGAUCUGUGUUUCAUAUUCAAGACUUAUCUAAAUACAUAGUUGACUUAGCUUUUUUUGAUUUAAUUCUAUGUGCAAGUGAAUCCUGAUGUCAAUCGAGUCGGUAGGCAAAAAAAUCCAGGUACUGUUCCAAAUAAGUUGAUUCAAGUCUUUUUCAUUUAGAUGCAGCUCCCUUUGGUUUAAUUAACACUCAGGACUGGUGGUCCAAAUCCAACAUUUUGUGUUCUAAACCAAACUCUCAGGAUACCUACACUAACAAUUAUGUUCAACUCGUCACUGUCACUUGCUGCAGAGCAUAUUUAGUGGAAGCAAGCUCCUGAUGGGGCCUGUAGAAGGCAUGGCCAUCGGCCCUCCCCUACUGAAUUCAUUUUCUUUUGGGAACAGACCACGGUCAUUUAAUAAACACUUACUAAGAGCCUACUAUGCACCAGACUCUACUUAAGACCAAUGGGGGAAAUCUAUCUUAAGAUCCUAUUUCUGCCCAAUAAUCCAAGUUCAUUCCUAUGACAUGAGGUUUCUACUAUACAGGAAAUAUCCUUCUCCAAUAUAAAGAAUUUGUUCUUCUUAGUGAUUAAAUAUCUCCUUACAAAAGAGAUUGAAUUUUUCCCCAGGUCAUAUGUCAGUAUAAACAAUACUAGUCAGGGAUCUUGCUAUUUAAUUUCCCCUAAUAAACUAACAAACCAAGUGACUAUAAUUUGUUAAGCCCAUAUUCUAAA